AUGACACCCUCGCCAAGUUCUCCCAAUCCAGCUACUGAACCGCAACCCAAACGGCUGAAGGUCACACACCCCGAAAAUCUCCCGCACGCAUCCGACCCCGCGCCCACAAGCUCGACCAAGACCACAACCACAACGGCAGUCCCUCCCGCGCCCACGAUGGCCGGGCAGACCCCGAUCCCGCUCCCGCGCGUGCUCACGCACCGCGCCUCGCAGGCGCCCGAGCUGAUCACGCAGGGCGCCGAGGGCCUGCUGUACAAGACCUUCUACCUGCAGCCGUCGCUGCCCUGCGCGCUCAAGCACCGCCCGCCCAAGCCCUACCGCCACCCCAUCCUCGACGCCCGCCUCACGCGCCAGCGCAUCCUCGCCGAGGCCCGCAUCCUGGCCAAGGCCCGCCGCGAGGGCGUCCCCGUCCCCGCCGUCUACUGCGUCGACGAGGCCCAGGGCUGGAUGAUGAUCGAGUGGGUCGCGGGCCAGCCCGUGCGCGCCCGCGUCAACGCGUGGCUGGGCGACAAGACGGAGGCGGAGGUGCUGCGCCAGGUCGGGGGCGACGGCGACGGCGGCAACGCGGAGCUCGUCGCCCUGGUGAGGAGGGUCGGCGCCUCGGUCGGCGCACUUCACGCCGCCGGGAUCGUCCACGGCGACCUGACGACGAGCAACAUGAUGCUGCGGCCGGCGUCAUCUGCCAGCCGCAAUGGGGGCGAGGACAACGGCGAGGAAGGCUCCAUACUGGCCGGCGAGAUCGUCAUCAUCGACUUUGGCCUCGCGAGCCAGGGCCAGAGCGAGGAGGACCGCGCCGUCGACCUGUACGUGCUCGAGCGCGCGUUCCUGAGCACCCACCCGCGCACCGAGAAAUUGUUCGGUGAGGUGCUGGCCGGCUACGCGCGGGCGUUCAAGGGGUCGAAGCCGGUGCUGAGGAAGCUGGAGGACGUGCGGAUGCGCGGGCGGAAGCGGAGCAUGCUGGGGUGA